UUUAAGGAAAUUAAAAUCUACCCAGACAGAGAACUUCUAGUAUGGGAAAAAUGGAUUCAAAUAAGAAAAGAGGAAACACAACAUUUAGCUGCGAAAACCAACAGACCACCAGCAGAUUUAACAAUGAAUUUAUUGGAAAAGGUCCGCGAGGACAAGGAAAGAAAAGAAGUAUUAGAACAUGCUCAAAUUGAAAAGAAGCCAACUGUUAGAGGUUGCUUAUGGGAACAACCUCUUAGAUUAAAACAGCGUUGUUACUGUGAAUCAGUUUAUGAAGUUCAAAGGACGAGAGCUGAAAUGGGAAAACCCAGAAUUAUACAGCAUGUUGGAGUACCCAAGUACAUUCAGGAGACAGAGAAAGGUAUCAGCGGUGUAUCGAAAAGAAAUCCGUGUUCCAAUAUUGAUCAUGAGUACAAAAAAUAUAGAGACGAAAGAGAAAAAAACCUUAAGGAGAAGAUCGAUAAAAUUGAUCCCUACCGGCCAGAUAUGCAAGAACUAUUUGUACUAGGUAGUAAGCCGAAGCCUCCUCCACCAAAAAUACCCGACCUACCAAAGAUUAUUCUUUCUACAGUAAUGAGUCAUGGCAACUAUGCUGUCAGUUCCAUUUACGCACUAAAAGUUAACAAUACAAUUUUUGUUAAGGAUAUACCAGAUCAAAAAAUACCAAGCGCCCUAACAGCUAUGCAGAAAGAACCAGGACAUGAAUGGUGUAACUCGUGGUCAUAUUAUUUUAAUACACCAGUUAAUAGAGCUGGAAGAUGUAAACUGUUUUUGAAAAAUGUUGGUACCGUAAUGUUAAGAUAUUGUUGGAAAAAGAUAAAGCGAUCACUUCCCUUUAUUCCGGAACAACCCUUUGAGCAAGUAUUCUUUUUCAACAAGAAUGAAGACACUAUUUAUCCUGGUCAAGAAAAAAUAAUUUAUUUCACUUUCAUUUCUGACAAGCCAGGAAUUUAUAGUGAAAUUUGGGAACUUAGUACAUGCAAUAUUUGCCUUUUUGAUACUUUAGCUGAGAAAAUUGUAAUCAAUUUGAACGCUGACUCCGUCGAAAAUAUAGAGAGAACUAGAAGAAAAGCAUAUAAAUUAGAUGUGAAAAUUAAGCAUGUUGCUAUAAGAAACUUCGUCUUACAUUUAUUGGAUGAGGUAAUAAUGAAUGCCGUUAGCAUACAACCACCACCAUAUCCAUACAAGAAUUAUCUAUUAGAACGAGAAAUGUUUAUUAUGAAAAAUCCUAUUUAUUUCUAUCAUCAAACCGAAGUUCUACAUCUAAACGAUUUAUAUACCGAAAUGUUACCUGGACAAACGUGGGAUCUCUCUAUCGUUAGCUGGAGAGCCGCAAUGAUGGAGAAAAUGUAUGACGAUAGAAUGAAAUACUUUGAACUCCUUAAAAAAUCACAUCUCCAUCUUUUAAAGCCUUGGCUAGAAGGAGAAGAGCUUUUGAAAGAAAAAUAUAGAGCUGUUAAUUUGCUACUCGGUCAGUUAGCCGACAAAUUUGACUGGGAAUAUUUAAGAUUAUACCAUCUCUUGAGGCGCGAUGUUUCUGGACAGUCACAUGUUGCUGAUAUAAGUACUGUGUCUAUUAAUUCAUUGGAUUCUACAACAAGCUUCACAAUUCGUAAUAUACUUUACGUACGAAUGUACGAACAUCUAGCUUUCACAAUAGAAAUGUGUGCAGGAGCUUUGAGCAGUUUGGAUUUGAACAGAUGGAUCCAAUUUGAUUUCUGUCGUUGA